GCUGACACGCUCAACUGCCUCAUUCCCUACAGCUCCUGUGGCCGCGGCUGCUGCUGUACGUGGUGCCAGCCGAGUACACCGGCAUGAUGAUUCCAAUCUCCCGUUGUGUCCAAGCCCUGGCUGAGAGAGGGGAUCUGACAGUGCAGGACGUGGAAGAACUGGAUCCCCAUUUCCUCAGCUCCAUGUUUCAAGGCCCACUGCUGACUCCCCAGAUACUGCUGGCACGUCUGCUGGUGGUGGCAGGGAGCCCUUUUGCAGGCAGCGAACUCCAAGCCGCUGCCUUGCUGCUCAUGCAAAACCUCCACAGCAAGAUCCACAGAGCGGUGGGGGCCAUGUGGGCUGCUGAGAUUCCCCUCCUGCUGCAGCGUCUUGAAGGGAAAGAUGAGAGCUUCCCGGAUUCUGCAGAGUGGGAUCACCAUCUGCUAAAGUUCCUGAGGGCAUCGCUGGACAUCGUGGAGGAUGAGGCCUGGACCAAGGCCCUGAGCUGCGAGCUGAGCCGGCGGCUGAGCAGCUCCCCCAGCAGCUCUGGAGAAAAGGUGAGUUCCCCGUGGCUCUACCCAGUG